GGCAAACGUGACGGUCACCGACCUUGAGGAGCUGCAGGAGCUGCUGCUGGCGAACAUAGAGCACAACAAGCACCUGGUCACAGGGUCAGUCCGAGCCAAGGUACUGAAAUGGGGUGAAGAUGUAACAGAAUUUCAGCCUCCCCCCGAUUAUAUACUAAUGGCUGAUUGCAUUUACUAUGAGGAGUCAUUAGAACCGUUGCUGAAGACACUGAAAGACCUUACUGGCCCCGAUACGUGCGUCUUGUGCUGUUACGAACAGAGGACUAUGGGAAAGAAUCCUGAAAUUGAGAGAAAAUACUUUGAGCUGCUUCAGAUGGACUUUGAGCUGGAAAAAAUUCCGCUGGAUAAGCACGAUGAGGAGUAUCGCAGCGAAGACAUUCAUAUCGUGAACAUCCACAGGAAACAAACGAACGGCUUCUUGGUGGUGGACUUGGCACGAGGCGCCAGAAGCAGCGGGCUCGUUAGGCUGGAUCGCGCCUUCCAAGAGGACAGUUGCAAGCUGUUGAUGUCUGCAGGCCGAGGAAGGCAGAAAACGGAGCCAGAGCUUCACCCGGAGCAGCGCUGGAGGUCUGGGGAGUCUCAUUCCGGGAGCAGGGCGUCCCGGUGCGACGGCUUUGAGAUUCAAUUUCAAAGGAAAUCUCGCUUCCGCUCUGUAGUGGAAGCGGCCGUGGCCGCCUGCGUCAUCCCGCAGCCCUGA